AUGGCGUUCAUCGCGGCACGUCGGGCGUACCGCUGGCCUCCUCAUCUAGCACCUCCAGCCUUGCAACACCAAAUUCCCCGGCGAACGUUCACGGCUCCGUCUCGCUCGCGGGGACCCAUAACGGACUUCGCAGUCGCCGGACCCAACGCAAUCAUCGAGAGCCUACACAACACAGGACUUCCUUACUAUGCAGUGAUACCGCUGACUGCGGUUCUACUCCGCAGCACAUUCGUCUAUCACUUCUCCGGGAAGCCAGCUCGGAGGAAAGCUCAAAUUGGGAGCAACCUCAUCCCUCUUAUCCAGGCACGGUCGAAGAUGUUGUCCGACAGCCCUCGUGAAGUACGGAAAAUCCGCGGAUCAUCCGAAAACCCCGGGUUCUUGGGCGCAGUCUAUGUAAAUUUAUGGCGAAGAAUGCAAAUAUCAUGGCUCACAUAUCUGUCGAGGAGGAAGUACCUGAAAAUGUUCGCGUCUUCUGUGCCCUGGUGGGCAAUCAACUUUGGGGUACUGAUUACCUUUGCCGAGACGAUAAGGCUAAAGUGUGGGAAGCAAGAAGGGUUGUUGAGCAUGUUGUUGACUCCGCUCGAAAACCUCAGGAACAUGUUGAUGCGCGAACUCGCGCCGGCAGAGCCCGCUGCGGGAGAAAGGCCCGUUCGUUAUUUGGAGCAGCAGGCCCGCGAAAUGUGGGCUUACCUUGAGAGCAAGAGGACUCCUGUCCAGGAUGGCGAAAUCAUCGACCUCUCAAGCUCGCCAGCUUCAGCGGAUGCCGGUCUUCAAGCCGGUGCCGACAUUGACACGACAAGCCCCUACUUCGACGCGGCAAUGCAGACGGAAGGAUUCAGCUUCUGUACGGAUCUCACAGCCGCGGACCCGAGCGGCGUCCUGCCCGUCCUGACCGGCGUUGUCAUGCUCAUCCAAGUCUUCUUCCGACCCGACGUCAACGCACGACCCGUCGUACCUCCGAAGCCUACCUCCGCCGAGCCGGACCUUAUCACAUCUGAGUCGAGGUCGGUGCUCCGGCAGCUGUCCGAGAAGCCGAUGAGAUACGCAAAGCAGACGCCUUGGCUGCGGCAGUUCGGUUUCUAUGCCGCUUUGUUAUUCUGCUAUGUUUCAUUCCAUCUCCCUGCGGCUGUACUUUUAUACGUCAUUCCGAAUGUCGCGGUCGGCUGGCUGCAGGGUCGCUAUUUGGAUAUCAAGCGUCCGUUGAGACCGGCGAUCCAGAAGUGCAAGAGGCCCUUGCGUUAUCGGGCGAGGACGGAGAUCAACCUCUGA